AGGCAUGCGCCCUGACCGGGAAUCCAAUCGGAGGUCCUUUGGUCCUCAGACCAGCACUCAAUGCACUGAGCAGCACCAUCCAGGGCUGUUUCUCCCUCUCACUUGGAUUUCCUAUUCUCCCCUAGGAAAACAAAGGCCCUUUCUCCCGAUUCACUGGGAGACACCGCCCAGCGCUGCCUCUGUGCUGAACCUCCCGUAGUCUAGGAGCUAACGUCCUUCAACAACCAGGGCACCUGCCUUUGCCCCCAGACCAAGAAGAGCAUGUGAGAAGCACCUUGUGUUAGGACUGGGAGAACAGAGGUCAGCAAACUGCGGCAUUUGGACGGCAAAGGCUGAAAUAUCUGUCAUCUGGCCCCUUACAGGAAAAGCUUUCCAAGUCCCGUCACAGAACACAACAUGGGGAUCAUGGGAGAUCACCUUGACCUUGUCUUAGGAGUGAUGCUCAUGGCCAGUCCGGUGCUUGGAAUUUCUCCCUGCUCCUCCGACGGUCGGAUUGCCUUGUAUCGCUCCUGCAACCUCACCCAGGUGCCCCAGGUCCCCAACACCACUGAGAACCUCCUGCUGAGCUUCAACUACAUCAAGAACGUCACAGCCUCCUCCUUCCCCAUCCUAGAGCAGCUGCGCCUGCUGGAGCUUGGGACUCAGAAGACCUCCUUCUCCAUUCACAAAGAAGCCUUCAGAAACCUGCCCAACCUUAGGAUCUUGGACUUGGGCAACAGUCGGCUGGACUUCUUGCACCCAGAGGCUUUCCAGGGGCUGCCUCAUCUGUUCGAACUCAGGCUCUUUUACUGUGAUCUGUCCGAUGCGGUAUUAAAAGACGGUUAUUUCAAAAACCUAGUGUCUUUGUCUCACCUGGACCUGUCCAAAAAUCAGAUUCACAGCCUUUCCCUCCAUCCUUCAUUCCGGGAACUAAAUUCCUUGGAGUCCAUCGACUUUUCCCUCAACGAAGUACCCACGCUGUGUGAGCACGAACUCCGGCCGCUCCACGGGAAAACACUCUCCUCCUUGAGGCUCGCUUCCACUCACCUGUACAGCAAGGUCUCGGUGGACUGGGGGAGGUGCAUGAACCCAUUCCGAAACAUGGUCCUAGACACCCUCGAUGUCUCGGGCAAUGGCUGGACCGUGGGCAUCGUCAGCAACUUCAGCCACGCCAUCCGUGGCAGCCAGAUCGCCAACCUGGUGCUUGCCCACCACAUUAUGGGGCCUGGGUUUGGCUUCCGUAACAUCAAAGACCCCGACCGGAGCACGUUCACCGGCCUGGCCAAGAGCUCAGUGAGAGGCCUGGACCUCUCACACGGAUAUAUCUUCUCCCUGAACUCCCGACUCUUGGAGACGCUCACGGAGCUGAAGCUCCUGAACCUUGCCCACAACAAGAUAAACCACAUUGCAGAUGGGGCGUUUUAUGGGCUCGACAGCCUCCAAGUUCUCAACAUGUCUUACAACCUUCUGGGGGAACUGUACGAUUCUAACUUCCACGGGCUCCCAAGCGUCACCUACAUUGACCUGCAGAAGAAUCACAUCGGGAUCAUUCAGGACGAUACAUUCACAGCCCUGAAAAGGUUACAGACCUUGGACCUCCGGGAUAAUGCUCUGAAGACGACUCGUUUCAUCCCAAGCAUCUCUACGAUCUUCCUGGGUGGCAACAAGCUGACGACUUUCCAAGACACCCGCCUCACCGCUGACUACAUCCAGUUAUCCGAGAACAGGCUGGAGAAUCUGGACGAUCUCUACCUCCUGCUCCAGGUCCCUCGGCUGCAGACUCUCAUUGUGAACCAAAACCGCUUUUCCCUUUGUGCCCAAACUCGUGCGCCUUCGGAGAACCCCAGCCUCGAACAGCUGCUCCUGGGGGGGAAUAUGUUGCAGCUUGCCUGGGAGGCCGGGUCCUGCUGGGAUGUGUUCAAGGGGCUUUCCCGCCUCCAGGUCCUGUUCUUGAAUGAAAACUACCUGACCUUCCUUCCGCCGGGAGUGUUCCGCCAUCUGGUCGCAUUAAGGGGACUCAGCCUCAGCUUCAACAGGCUGAGUGUGCUUUCUCCUGGCGACCUGCCCCCUAAUUUAGAGAGGCUGGACGUGUCGCGGAACCAGCUCCUCGCCCCCGAUCCUACUGUAUUAGCCUUGCUUAGUGUCGUGGACCUAAGCCACAACAAGUUCAUCUGUGAGUGUGAACUCAGCGCCUUCGUCAGGUGGCUCAACCAAACCGACGUCGCCAUAUUUGGGUCGCACGCAGACAUGUACUGCACGUACCCCGACUUGCUGUCUGGGACGCCUCUCUCCUCUCUGUCCACAGAGGGCUGUGAUGAGGAGGAAAGCAUACAGUCCCUAAGGCUCUCCCUUUUCAUCUUGUUCACUGUCACUUUGACGCUGUCCCUCGUGACCGCCGUCAUCGUCACGAAGUUCCGGGGCGCUUGUUUCUCCUAUUACGAGACAGCCCGGAGACUGGUGUUCAGGGGCCAGGGCAGCACGCGAGACUCUGACACGUACAAAUACGACGCCUACUUGUGCUUCAGCGGCAAAGACUUCGAGUGGGUGCAGGAUGCUCUGCUAAGACACCUGGACGCCCAGUACAGCGACCGAAACAGGUUGCACCUGUGCUUUGAAGAAAGAGACUUCACGCCGGGGGAAGACCACGUGGCCAACAUCCACGACGCCGUGUGGAGCAGCAGGAAGACUGUCUGCCUCGUGAGCAGACACUUCCUUAGAGAUGGCUGGUGCCUGGAGGCCUUUAGCUUCGCCCAGAGCAGGGGCCUCGCUGCCCUGGACAGCGCCCUCAUCGUGGUGGUGGUCGGGUCCUUGUCUCAGUACCAGCUGAUGAGACAUGAGUCCGUCAGGGGCUUUGUGCAGAAACGGCAGUACCUGCGGUGGCCCGAGGAUCUCCAGGACAUUGGCUGGUUUCUUAACAAACUCUCUCAACACAUACUAAAACAGGGAAAGGAGAAGAAGAAAGACAGUAGUAGCAUUCCGUUGCAAGUCAUAGCAACCAACUAACUCCCAGUCAAAGGAGUUGUUUUCGACUGAUGUCAAGCCACAGAUAACUCUCCCCCUCUUAUUGGCACAUUUGGGGGUCUCUUUUGAAGUUUCUUUUCCCUACUAUGAAAAAAAAAAACCCCAUAAAACUCUUGAUUUGCAUAGCAAC